AUGGGCAUUGAUUACUACAAAAUCCUUGAGGUCGAUAGGAGUGCUACAGGAGAGGACCUCAAGAAGGCGUACAAGAGACAAGCCAAGAAAUGGCACCCCGACAAAAAUCUGAAUUCGAUGGAAGAAGCUGAAUCGAUGUUCAGACUAAUAUCUGAAGCGUACGCUGUGUUAAGUGAUCCCAACAAGAGGGCAAUUUUCGACAGGUAUGGUGAAAAUGGUGUUAAAGGUAAGCUGCCAACUGAUGAUGCUGGUGCUUCUGGUAGUGGUGGUUGUCGCGGUGGGGCAGGCGGAGCGACCCCUCAGAGUGCUGGUAAUGGUUUUGGUGAGUCCUUUGGAAGUCCGGGCUCUGGUGGGGGUACGAGAUCGAAGUCUUCUUCUAGGGGAAGAGGAGUAGACACCCAUGCAAGCUAUGGUGUUCCCCGAAAAGGAAAACCUAUUCAUAGGAACUUGGCCUGUACACUUGAGGAGUUAUACAAAGGGACCACCAAAAGGUUGAGGAUAUCUCGGGAUGUUGUUGAUCUCGCUGGGAACUGUAGGCAGGUGCAAGAGAUCGUGUCCAUCGAUGUGCAGGCUGGUUGGAAGAAGGGCACGAAGAUCACUGUUCCCAAGAAGGGAAAUGUAGAGCCAAAUGUGACGCCAGCUGAUAUUGUUUUCACCAUAGAUGAAAAACGUCAUGGGGUUUAUACCAGGGAAGGAUACAACCUUGUGGUUACCCAGAAGAUAUCUCUUUUAGAAGCCUUGACAGGUUACACUGUGAACUUGGUCACUCUUGAUGGAAGAAACUUGACUGUGCCUAUCAACCGAGUUAUUCAUCCUAGAUAUGAGGAGGUUAUUGCAAGAGAAGGAUUGCCUAACCCAAAGAACCCAACAAAGAAGGGAAGCUUGAAGAUAAGGUUCUACAUCAUAUUCCCAACCGAGCUCACUCUUCGUCAGAAGGACGUAAUGAAGACACUUUUGCCUGCUUGA